ACAGAAAUAAUGGAGGACUGUCUUUUCUACCCCGACCGAUGAUGUCUGUAUUUCUACUUUAAAAGACUUGACCGAGGACAAAACGACUCGUCGACACUUCAUUCAACAGUUGAGGUUGAAGUAUCAAUCUCAAGAUGACUGCUGACAUGCCAGUCCAAAGCGUAGGCUCCAGGUUAAUGACCUUCACGCCCUCCAAAGAGGAGUUCAAGGAUUUCAACGGGUACAUUGCCUACAUGGAGUCAAAAGGGGCACACAAAGCUGGAAUGGCAAAAGUGAUUCCACCUAAAGGCUGGAAACCAAGGCGGUCUUAUGAUGAUAUCGAUGACCUGGUUAUUCCCGCUCCAAUUCAGCAGGUGGUGACUGGCCAAUCAGGACUGUUUACACAGUACAACAUCCAGAAGAAGCCAAUGACUGUACAUGAGUUCCGCAAGACCUCCAACACGGACAAGUUCUGCCAUCCGAGAUAUGUGGACUUUGACGAGCUGGAAAGAAAGUUUUGGAAGAACCUGACUUUUAACCCACCCCUCUAUGGGGCUGAUGUCAGUGGAACACUUUAUGAUCCAGAUGUGACUGAGUGGAACAUUGGCCAUCUCAACACCAUUCUUGACACGGUGGAAAGUGAAAGUGGGAUUAAGAUCAAAGGAGUCAACACACCUUACCUCUACUUUGGGAUGUGGAAGAGUGCCUUUGCAUGGCACACAGAGGAUAUGGAUCUGUACAGCAUCAACUACCUUCACUUUGGAGAGCCGAAGUCUUGGUAUGUUGUGCCUCCAGAGCAUGGGAAAAGACUGGAACGACUUGCAAAGGGUUUCUUCCCAGGAAAUGCUCAGAGCUGUGAAGCUUUUCUGCGCCACAAGAUGACUUUGAUUUCUCCCUCAAUUCUGAAAAAAUAUGGCAUACCGUUUGAGAAGGUAACUCAGGAGGCUGGGCAGUUUAUUGUGACGUUCCCAUUUGGCUAUCAUGCUGGUUUCAACCACGGAUUCAACUGUGCCGAGUCAACAAACUUUGCCACCCAGCGUUGGAUUGACUACGGCAAACAGGCCACACUGUGUUCAUGCCGCCAAGACAUGGUCAAGAUCUCCAUGGAUGUGUUUGUACGCAAAUUUCAACCAGACCGUUACAAACUGUGGAAAGCAGGCAAAGACAACGCUCCCAUUGACCACUCCAAACUCACACUGGAGGCGGGUCAGUUUCUAAAAGGCAAGACCAAGCCUUUAAAGCCUGUUCCUAAUGAAGCUGGAUCUGAGGAGCCAACGACCCCUGUCCAGGAGGACAAAAGUUCAAAGACUCAAAUUGGGAAGAAGCAUCAGCUUGAAGCAUUCAGAGCCUCUGAAGACUUCAAGCCUGAGCUCACCCUGAAGGAGACUGUAGAAGUGGAGCCAAAGACGGCCAAGUUGAUUGAUGAGGACUCUUCAACCAGAGUCCCAGACAUCCCAGAUAAAGACACCGUAAGAGUCAAGCUGAAGCCUAAGCCGGACAAAGAGAAGAGGCUGCAGACUAAAUCUCCGUUUAAAGUCAGAACAAACAAAAGUUUAAACAGACGGAGUCCUUCAAAAAAAACCAAGAACAAUACGUCCAAUUUGGAUGUCUGUCCUUCAAAGACCUUUGAUCCCCCAGAUACCGCUGUAUGCUCUGAGAAGGCGGGCGGCAGUGAGGAGCCGAAGCUUAGCAGCAGCUGCAGUCAGACACACAAAUUAUUUCAGAGGAGCCCUGCAGACGUCCUGCAUGUGCACAGCUACGCCAAAGGAGACUAUGGAGAGGGAGAAUUCCCAACCAAGGACGAGAAGCCGACUGAUGGCAGUGAUUGUGAGACGGAGAAAGACAACCAAUAUAUGUUCAAAAGAGUAAAAGAGGCAGCUGGAGAAGUAGAGUCGAAACCUGAUCUGGGGCAGCUUCCAGGCCACCAUCCUCUCAUAAAGGACGGCAUGAGCGAUGAAGAGACUCCACAAGAGGCUCUACCAGCAGACGAGGGUGGUGUGGAAGGGGAGAGCUGGGCCAAACCUCUGGCUCACCUGUGGCAGAGCGGACCUUCCAACAUGAAGAAAGAGAGGGAGUACAACAAGCGCAUGGGCUCCAAACCUCCAUACUGCUGCAUCUGCGCCCUGUUCUACACAUACCAGCAGACUGAAUGUUCAAACAGUCUAGGUAGUCCUGUCAAGGUGGCUGAUGGGCGGAUAUGGACCAAACCACUGAUCCCAGAGACGUGUUUCACCACCACCACAGAAGAGGACUCUGAGUGUGAGGAGCAACCUGUCACACCUCAUCUUGAGGAAGACGGAACCAGUCUUCUCAUCAGCUGCUCUCAGUGCAACGUCCGGGUCCACACCAGCUGUUAUGGUGUAGAUCCAGCCAGUGUGAGUGAGGAGUGGAAAUGUGCACGCUGCAGGGCUGGAGCCAUGACUGAGAAUUGCUGUUUGUGUUCACUGAGGGGUGGAGCACUGCAGAAAGCCAACAACAACAAGUGGGUACAUGUUCUGUGUGCCGUGGCUGUGUUGGAGGCACGCUUUGUCAACAUCAGUGAAAGAAGUCCUGUGGACUUAAGUGGAAUCCCUUUGCAGAGAUUUAAACUGAAAUGUUACUACUGUAAGAAGAGGAUGAAGAAAGCAUCAGGCUGCUGUGUGCAGUGCUCUCAUGGCCGCUGUCCAACUGCCUACCAUCCCACCUGUGCCCAGGCUGCUCGAGUACUCAUGCAGCCAGAUGAAUGGCCCUUUGUAGUCCAUGUUACCUGCUGUAGACACAAAGGCCCCAUUCAGAUUGAACGCAAUAAAGCAGCCAUGCAUGAGCUAACUGUGGGACAGAAGGUGAUAUGCAAGCACAAGAAUGGCCGCUACUACCAGUGUGAUGUGGUGCAGCUGUCUAAAGAGACGUUCUACGAGGUCAACUUUGACGACGGUUCCUUCAGCGACAAUCUCUUCCCCGAGGACAUCGUGAAUCGCAACUGUUGUCAGCUUGGACCCCCACCUCAGGGUGAAGUGGUUCAGGUGAGAUGGACAGACGGCUUGGUCUAUGGAGCCAAAUUUGUGGCAGCUCAUGCAGUACACAUGUACCUGGUGGAGUUUGAGGAUGGUUCACAGCUUACAGCUAAGAGAGACGAUGUUUACACUCUGGAUGAGGAGCUUCCUAAGAGAGUCAAAUCCAGAUUGUCCAAAGCCUCAGACAUGAGAUUUGAUGGAAUCUUUGAAGAGAAGGAAAUCAUCAAAGAAUCAAAGAGGCAGAGAGUGAUCAACUCCCGCUACAGAGGGGACUACAUCGAGCCUGUGAUUUACAGAGCAAUCAUGGAGUAACCCCUUCUGCGUCUCAGCGCACCACCAGCACUGACUGACUGGACUGUGACACAUGAACCUUCACCAAGCAGCUUUCCACAACUAAUUGUAGCUCCGGAUGACUUUUUCUUAGGACUUUUUUCUCUUUUUUGUACUCAGUCAUCUGUUUCUGUUAAGAGAGACUUGUGUUGACCUGGUUUGAAUGCAAGCCGACGUAUCUUAAAUUUAGGACUCAACACCGUGCAGUAGGCUGACACUUAGCCAGGACAGGACACGGUAAUGGGAGGCUACAUGAAAUAAGAAUCUGUACGCAUUAGUAGCAUUCUGACGCUUAAAUAGAAAUUGACGGUGAAGCACCUUGAAGAAAACGAGGUUGAGCUCACGUUAAAAGAACAUGAGUGGCCUUAUGUAAAGUAAAUGUUUUGAUUAAUUUAUACCCUCGUAUUUAGAGUUUGUUAUUUUUUUUUAUAUUGCCGAGUCAUGCUGAGAAUAACUCAUACUGCAAUUCAUCCUUUUACUCCUGACCCCUCCACACUCUUAUCUCGUUACCAGUGUGUGACCGAUGCUCACUCUCAUGAUCAAUCUAUCAAUUAUCUUCUCAACCAAACCACUAAAUGAUUUCUAUUUAUCUUAUUGGAAAUUAAGAAGAACAAUGCUGAUGACAAUUCUCCUAAUCUUAAAGUGUUUUUUUAUGACCAAUGUUUAGAGUCAAGAUUCACAUUGGAGAAGCUCAACAAGUAAUCAAAAAGUGACUUUUACACUGAGGUUGAUAUAUUUUUUGUUCCUUUAUCAACAUGAUAUUUCACAUGAAUGUAUGGCCUUUGUUCCCAGUCAUGCUUGGUAUUCUUUAUUCAACAAUAAUAUAAAGUUAAACCUUUAAUUCCAUGAAUAACUUCUUGCUUGCUCACCAACAUUGUGUACACUUUGUCCGUUUUGUUCACUGUGUGUUACAUUUUGUACUUUGCAACAUCGGUGAUGAGCACAGCUGCAAGCACCGAGAAAAAAAUCUCAAAAAAUGACAUUUAAAAAUACUCAGACCUGCACAAAUCCAAAAGUACCACUUCGGAAAAAACCCAGUAAACAAACAGAAAAUGUAAAAUUGUAGAGUGCAGAGAUUUAAGCGGAUAAUAAAGCCAGAGCCUUUUAAACCAGCAGAAAUCCGUUUAAAAACAUAGCCGCUUGUCUCUGAUGGCCUUGUUUCAUGAGUUUUUAUUCAAAUCACGAUUGGCUUUCAAGACAACUUGAUGAAAAUCAUCUAAACAUGUAAUAAGGAAUAAUCUGAACAGAGAGGAGUAUACACGUCUGGAUCAUCUUUUUUAGUUGCUGCCUCGGGGGAGGCUCUUCUACAUAUUUCUGUAGAUAUUUAUAUAAAGCCAACCCAGAUUUGUAGUGAGCAGACACAGACAGGAAGUUCAAGGUUGAUGUGCAAUUUUAGACUUUUUGAAACUUUUUAACAAGAAACUCCAAAUAGAUAAAUAAUAAUAUAUGGAUGAAUUAUUUGUUGAAGUAUUUAAAAAAAAAAAAAAGCCAUUUAACUAAUUAUACCUCGUCUUAAAAGUAGAGAUGCACCGAUCCACUUUUUUUCAGUUCCGAUCCGAUUCUGAUAUGUACCGAUAACAAUAUUUGUAUUUUCAUAACUCACAACUCAUAUUGUUGUUGUUGGUAUGAUGUGUAAGGCUACACAAAGCUGUAGUAAACCUGGCAUUGUGAUGGCUUCACAAACAGGAAGCAGAACAGCCGUCAGGUUUUCAAAUGAAACAUUUUACAACCUGAAACAUUUUACAACCUGACAAUUGUACAUUCGAUCAAAUAGAAGGAGCUGUUCCAUCUCGUGUGAACGUUGUCAUGGAGACGAUUGGUGGGCACUGCUUACAGGUCAGUCUUCAGAUUGAGACUGAGAAGGUUUAAAGGGCCCAAAUAUCUUUCUUGACCAGUGACAUGGAUUGGAUAUUCGAUAUGGAUUGGAUCCGAUAUUCGAUACGUAAAUUCUGUCGAUAUCGGACGCAGAUGGGAUCGGUCCCAUCUCUACUUUAAAUGAAACUUAAAACUUAAUAUAGCUUUGCCAUAACAACCUUUUUCGACCAGCCUAUAUAUUGGAGUACUUCUGGAAAGUCGUCGUUGCGUUACAGGAUCGAGUGUUAGAGGCUGAUAUGCAUUUUCUAUUUUUUCUACAAUUUGUAUUUCCAGGUUCUUUUUUUCAGAAACGACUCUUGUUUUGAAGACAUUAUUCAGUUGUCUCGCCACUCUUGUAUUCAGUUGUGCAUUUCAUUUUUAGAAGUGCAGCUUGCAUGACGAGUUAAAUAGUAUUAAGUGUUUGCUAUUUGUUUGAAAUCUGUUGAAAAUAUUCUUUGUUCCCCUCUAACCUUUCACAUGGAGUGUGCAUGUUCUCAAAGCCCAUUAAUCAUAAUGCACUUUUAACAACUUCAUAUUGCCUUCAUGAUGUCAUCAUUUGCCUGCAACUUUUUUAAUUGUGAUGGUGCAAGACUGCAAAGAAGGGAAUAUACAUUUUGUAGUUGUUGGUGAUGAAAGUCCUGCUUUAAUGAGUCAGUCGAGAAUAUUUUUAUGUUUUUAAAGUUUGAAUACAGUUGUACAUUGAGUUAGUGGGAUUUUUCUAUUCCAUUAUGUUGAAUUGUUUUAUAAAACAUGUUCUAUGUGUAUUUUUACAGACACCUGUACAUUUCCAAUGUUAUAGUCUGAAAGCUUCUCCCUGGACGAACUCUCCAUCUUUCUUAUGUCAUCGCUGCGAGAAGAAAAUAAUUCAAGCAUUUCAUGUUUGUUUUUUGAGUCCAGAGAUUUGUCUCAGCGCUUUUUGUUUGUCUUCAUUAUACAUCAACUAAGUUUUAUUAAAAAAAUAAUUUUCUUGUCAAAAGUUA